GCGAUUAGUAAACUGUUGGGGUGUAUUUCUGCGAAAUCAAAAAUCUGUCUUAAAUUACGUGUAAACAUUGUAUGGCUUCGGUAAAAACUUAACCCUAAAUCUAAAACACUAGUGUUACAAGCUGAAGAUCUUCAGUGACGGUUGAUAAAUCUUCGGAAUGUACGGUUUCGUGAAUUACGCUCUCGAGUUGCUGGUGACUAAAACUUUUGGGAAAGAAACAUGGGAGACCAUAAAAAAAAAAGCGGAAGUCUCCAUGGAGGGUAGUUUUCUGGUUCGGCAGAUAUACGAAGACGAAAUAACAUACAAUCUGAUCACCGCGGCUGUGGAAGUAUUGCAAAUCCCAGCUGAUUCUAUACUGGAGUUGUUCGGGAAGACUUUCUUCGAGUUCUGCCAAGACUCUGGAUAUGAUAAGAUCCUCCAGGUCCUGGGAGCAACGCCGCGGGAUUUUUUGCAGAAUCUGGACGGUCUCCACGACCACCUGGCCACCCUGUACCCUGGGAUGCGCUCGCCGUCGUUCCGGUGCACGGAGAGGCCUGAAGACGGAGCCCUGAUCUUACAUUACUACUCAGACAGACCUGGCUUGGAGCAUAUCGUCAUUGGCAUUGUCAAGACUGUAGCCAGCAAACUUCACGACACAGAAGUGAAGGUGGAACUCUUGAAGUCGAAGGAGGAAUGCGACCACGUGCAGUUCCUCAUCACGGAGACUUCGACCACGGGCAGAGUCGCACCAGAAAUCGCUGAAAUUGAGACCCUUUCUUUGGAGCCAAAAGUGAGUCCAGCCACAUUCUGCCGCGUGUUUCCCUUCCACCUGAUGUUUGACCGGGAACUGAACAUCGUGCAAGCGGGACGGACUGUCUCCCGUCUCCUGCCCAAGGUCACCAGGCCUGGGUGCAAGAUCACUGAUGUUUUGGACACGAUCCGCCCACACCUGGAGAUGACGUUCGCCAACGUGCUGGCUCACAUCAACACGGUCUACGUUCUGAAGACCAAAUCCGAAGAGAUGAGCGUCCAUCAUGCUCAUGAUGAUAUCGCUCCACUUCGCUUGAAGGGACAAAUGCUGUACAUUCCUGAAUCUGACGUGGUUGUAUUUCAAUGCUACCCCAGCGUAACUAACCUCGAUGAUUUGACCCGCCGUGGCCUCUGCAUCUCAGACAUUCCUCUCCACGACGCCACCCGCGACCUGGUGCUGAUGUCGGAGCAGUUCGAAGCUGAUUACAAGCUGACCCAGAACCUGGAGGUGCUGACUGACAAGCUACAGCAGACCUUCAGGGAUUUGGACUCGGAGAAGAAGAAGACUGAUAGACUCUUAUACUCAGUUCUGCCAAUAAGUGUGGCCACCGAACUCCGCCACAAGCGCCCAGUCCAGGCCCGUAGAUACGAUCCUGUGACCCUCCUCUUCAGCGGGAUAGUCGGUUUUGCUAACUACUGCGCCAGGAACACCGACCACAAGGGAGCCAUGAAGAUUGUCAGGAUGUUGAAUGAUUUGUACACCGCUUUCGAUGUGUUGACCGAUCCGAAGAGGAGCCCAGAUGUUUACAAGGUGGAGACAGUUGGAGACAAAUACAUGGCCGUGUCAGGUCUCCCAGAGUACAAAGAGGCCCACGCCAAACAUAUCUGUCUAUUGGCUUUGGACAUGAUGGACCUAUCACAGACUGUUACUGUGGAUGGUGAGCCUGUGGGCAUCACCAUUGGCAUCCACUCCGGCGAAGUGGUCACAGGUGUGAUCGGUCACCGCAUGCCGCGGUACUGCCUCUUCGGGAACACCGUCAACUUGACCAGCCGUUGUGAGACCACUGGUGUCCCGGGCACCAUCAACGUCAGCGAGGACACUUACAGCUACCUUAUCAACGAGACCAACUACGAUGAGCAGUUUGAGCUGACUUACCGUGGACAUGUCUCCAUGAAGGGGAAAGCAGAACCGAUGCAGACAUGGUUCUUGACCAGGAAGACAACAUAAAUUAUCAGCACCGCAUGAUAUCCGUUGCUCGACUUAGGCUUCCCCCGAAUUUCCACUUUUACCAGUUAGUUGGAAGUGCGCCGUUAUCAUUCUCGAAAUAUUAGUCACACGUUACAAUUAUUACUAAAGAUUUUUAGUUCAAAAAUAUACCUAAGCACAUGAUAUUGUGAUCCAUACCAUCACGCUUAAUAUACGUACAUUCAAAAUUGAAUUAAAAUUGAAUACCAAAUUAAAAAGUAAAUUUUAGUUCGGUUUAAAAAUAUGUAAUAAAUGUUCGGAAAUUUCGUGUAAGUAGUAGUGGAUGUUGAUUUGAGUUUGUAAACUCAAAUAAAAAUCCUCCUUUUUUUAAGUCGCUUAAAUUUGUAAUACCAUCUCCCAAGUGUAACAAAGACUUAGGCUGAAAACCGGAACAAAAUCGGGCGAAAUAAUCGCAGACAAACAUAUUAUAUACAGGUCAAACUGAGAGCCACCUUUUCGUUGUGUGUUGUAAUUAUCUUUAUUGCACAGAAAUAAUAAUACUUUUUUUAAAGGCGGUUAAAAAAAGGGACUAGUCAUUUUACACGGCUUUGCAUGCGUAAUUAUUUCAAUUAAUUCAAUUGUAGCAAACUAUGAAAAUCUAGACAUUCCUUCGAGUAUACUUACUGCCCAAAAUUAUGUUAUUAAUGAUAAUUAUUGACGAAAAAUAGUGAUUAGGUCACUAGUCUUUCUUUUGGCAUUAGUUCCAGUUACAUACUCAGUAUGCUUGCAUGUGAUAUCGCAGGUCUCAGAUUCGAAUCCUGGCCAGGACAUGAUGAGAAAUGAACUUUUGCUGAGUGGUCUGGGCCUUGGAUGUUAGCUCUAUAAGUAUUUAUUAUAAAAUAUAGUAUCGUUGAGUUAGUAUCACGUAACACAAGUUUAGAACUUACUUCGAGGCUUACUCAAUCUGUGUAAUUUAUACUUUAUAUAUUUAUUAUUCAACUCUUUGGACGGGAGCCUGAUUAGAAAUAUAGUUACCUAAGUAAAUGUUUAUUAGGUGUAAUAAUAGUUUUAUUGAAAAUUCUAUGACAUGUAACAUUCCAUGUAAUGCUUUCAUUAAAAAAAAAUUAUAAGUAUAUAUGUGUUGUAUUUCUAAUGUUGAGUUAUAUUCUGUUGAUAUUUUGAAAAUGUCUAAAGGUGUCUCAUA